UUUUUAUAUGAAACACUGUUUUGUGAAAUGCAUUCAAUUUUAUUGUGCAAAUCAAUAGACAAUUGAAUUAUGUAUUCAAUGGUUACCACUAUUGACAACGAAAACUGUUUUUUGGUUUUGUUUGCAUUGAAUGAGCAGUGAAUUUGUCAAACCAUUUGUCCCACUCUUUCGCACACAUGGAAGUCAAUGUCGGUCUUCGUGUGGUUCGGGGACCCGACUGGAAGUGGUCUAACCAGGAUGAUGGUGAGGGUCACUGCGGGACAGUGGUCGAGGUGGGUCGGCCCGGAUCCACCACCACUCCCGACAAGACAGUAGUGGUUCAGUGGGACUCCGGUUCGCGCACUAACUAUAGGAUUGGUUACCAAAACGCUUACGAUCUGCGAGUGUUGGACAACGCGACCAUCGGUUUCAGACACUAUAACAUUAUUUGCAACGCCUGUAAAAAGCACGGCAUCGCUGGCAUCCGGUGGAAGUGUUUGGUCUGUCAGAGCGUCGAUCUCUGCACUCUUUGCUAUAUGAAUGACAAACACGAUGUGAACCAUACGUUCGCUCGCUUCGAAACCUAUACCUCUCCCGGAGUCGAAAUGAGUAAAAGAAACUCAAAAAAUAACGUUAAGAUUCAAUCGCGGGGUAUAUUUGUCGGGACGCGUGUCGUCAGAGGUUAUGACUGGGAUUGGGCUAAUCAGGACGGCGGUGAAGGAAAAGUGGGUAAAGUGAUAGACAUCAGGGGUUGGGAUAAUGAGUCGCGAAGAAGUGUGGCGAACGUGAUGUGGGCGUCGGGCUCUACUAAUGUGUACAGAGUUGGCCACAAAGGGAAAGUGGAUCUGAAGUAUGUGGUGGACUCCGCCGGACCUUUCUAUUAUCGCAACCAUUUGCCUGUAUUGGGACAACCAAUCGAAGGCUUCAAUCGUAUAGCGAUCGCCAGGUCUUUGUCAACAGUGGACGGCCAGAGAAACACAACGACCGCUCUGUUCAACGUCGGCGACAAAGUG